UUAAUUAAUUUCUUGCUAUUUAUGGUUCUGUUUCAUUCCAACAAAUAAGCUAAUAGUUUUGAAGGCAUUGGAUUAAGAUUCCUAAGGGCCAAAUCAAGCUGUUUCUGGGCUUGAGGCCAUAGUGGGAUUCCUUUCAGUUCUGUCUGGUUGGGUACUUUAGCUGAAGCAAUUAAAACCUGUUUCCAAAAGAAAAACAGCGCUGGUAGCACAGUUUGUUCCUUUUUUCCUGUGGUGCUUCAAUUUUCAGGGGUUGGAGGUAACAGGAGAUAGGCCUCAUCCUAAGUGGAGAAGAUUUUAGGAUUGUCAGGACAGCAUUUUAGCCUGAGUGAUUUGUAGCAUGUGGCAACGAGGAAGAGGCCCCUAAAAAUAACCGGUGACUGAGUCUUCAGUCAGGUCCAAUUUCAGUUCUAAGAGCCCUUGGCCAAGCAGGGCUGGCCAGUCAACGCUGGGAGAGAAGGGUAUGGGGUUUGCCCAGGUUCUCCUGUGAGUGCUUGAAGUGAUUGAAGACAGUUCAAAAUGGCGGAAGACACAGAGGCGAAGCAUGGAGGACACAAGAACGGGAGGAAAGGAGGACUUUCCGGAAGCUCCUUUUUCACGUGGUUUAUGGUCAUUGCAUUGCUAGGAGUGUGGGCAUCUGUGGCUGUCGUGUGGUUUGAUCUUGUUGAUUAUGAGGAAGUCCUAGCCAAAGCAAAGGACUUCCGUUAUAAUUUAUCAGAGGUACUUCAAGGAAAACUAGGAGUCUAUGAUGCUGAUGGUGAUGGAGACUUUGAUGUGGAUGAUGCCAAGGUUCUAUUAGGCCUGACCAAAGAUGGCAGUAAUGAAAAUAUUGAUUCUCUUGAGGAAGUCCUUAAUAUUUUAGCAGAGGAAAGCUCAGAUUGGUUUUAUGGUUUCCUCUCCUUUCUCUAUGAUAUAAUGACUCCUUUUGAAAUGCUAGAAGAAGAAGAAGAAGAAAGCGAAACCACAGAUGGUGUUGAUGGACUUAAAGAAAGAUCUGCUUCUGAGCCAACAUUCCCACCGGAGGAGGCUGAGCCGCACGAUGAGCCCGAGGUCCAGGCUCCCGGGGGCUCAGAACCCCAGAAUAUUGAAGAUGAAAUAAAAGAACAGAUUCAGUCUCUUCUCCAUGAAACGGUACACACAGAACAUGAAGACCUGCAGCUAGACGCAGAUGGACUAGCAGGAGAACCGAGGCCCGAGGAUGAGGGCGUCCUUCCAGCAGCUGAUGUCACUGAGAGAGGGCAGACCCUGGAACCUGGGACACUGUAUGAAGAAAUUCAGGAUAAGUUCUCUGUAGAGGAGACAGUUUUACAGGACCAUCAUCAGGAUAUGGAAGAGAGGAUGAGUAACCAGGAAAUCCCAGAUCUCAGUGAACCAGUCGUAGAGGAUGACAGACUUUCCCCCACCGCAGAUGAUGUACCAUACCAAGAUGAACCAGCACAUGAGCCUUCAGAAAGUGAAAAGAUAGAAAUUUCAGAUAAUGCUGUAGAAGAUUCAAACAUAGUUCCAGAAGAAGUAAGUGCCCCAUCUGUGGAAGAAGACCAGCAGGAAGUACCACCAGAGACCAGUAGAAAGACAGAUGAUCCAGAACAAAAAGAAAAAGCUAAAAAAAAGAAGCCUAAACUUUUAAAUAAAUUUGAUAAGACUAUUAAACCUGCACUAGAUGCUGCAGAAAAGCUACGUAAAAGGGGAAAAAUUGAGGAAGCGUUGACUGCAUUUGAAGAACUCGUACGCAAAUAUCCUCACAGUCCCAGAGCAAGAUACGGGAAGGCGCAGUGUGAAGAUGACCUGGCUGAGAAGAGGAGGAGUAAUGAGAUUCUGCGCAGAGCCAUUGAGACCUACCAAGAGGCAGCCAGCCUGCCCGAGGCGCCCGCGGACCUGGUGCAGCUCAGUCUGAAGCGGCGGUCAGAACGCCAGCAGUUUCUAGGUCACAUGAGAGGCUCCCUGCUUACCCUGCAGAGAUUAGUUCAACUUUUCCCCACUGAUAUGUCCUUAAAGAAUGACCUUGGAGUGGGAUACCUCUUGCUGGGGGACAAUGACAGUGCCAAGAAGGUGUACGAAGAGGUUCUGAACGUGACACCCAAGGAUGGGUUUGCCAUGGUGCAUUAUGGCUUCAUCCUGAAAGCACAGAACAAGAUCGCGGAGAGCAUCCCCUACUUAAAGGAAGGAAUAGAAUCUGGAGCUCCUGGCACUGAUGAUGGGCGAUUUUAUUUCCACCUGGGCGAUGCCAUGCAGAGAGUGGGCAACAAAGAGGCAUAUAAGUGGUACGAGCUUGGGCACAAGAGAGGACAUUUUGCUUCCGUGUGGCAGCGUUCUCUCUACAAUGUGAAUGGACUGAAAGCUCAGCCGUGGUGGACCCCCAAAGAAACGAGCUACACCGAAUUAGUGAAGUCUUUAGAAAGAAACUGGAAGUUAAUCCGUGAUGAAGGCCUGGCGGUGAUGGACACAGCCAAGGGAUUGUUCCUGCCUGAAGAUGAAAACCUGAGGGAGAAGGGCGACUGGAGCCAGUUCACUCUCUGGCAGCAAGGAAGAAAAAAUGAAAAUGCCUGUAAAGGAGCUCCUAAAACCUGCACUUUAUUAGAAAAGUUCCCAGAGACCACAGGAUGCCGGAGAGGACAGAUCAAGUAUUCCGUCAUGCACCCUGGAACCCAUGUGUGGCCCCACACGGGACCCACAAACUGCAGGCUCCGAAUGCAUCUGGGCUUGGUGAUUCCCAAGGAAGGCUGCAAGAUCCGCUGUGCCAAUGAAACCAAGUCGUGGGAAGAAGGCAAAGUGCUCAUUUUUGACGACUCCUUUGAGCAUGAGGUAUGGCAGGAUGCCUCGACUUUCCGGUUGAUAUUCAUCGUGGACGUGUGGCACCCUGAGCUGACACCCCAGCAGAGACGCAGCCUUCCUGCAAUUUAGCUCAACUGUGGGCCUGCUGCAGAUACUCUAGAGAGAAGUUGCCCUUCUGGUUCCCUUUGAAUGUGGAGAGAGAAGUUCAAGCCCUGGCUCUUAAUUCCCUCGUCUUCAUUCAAGAAGCUUGAAAAGGUUUUCUGCUGCAUUCAUUGAGACAGCACCCUGCCGAGCAGCGUUCCUGCUGGGAUAUUACUCUGUGACAGCUCUGAUCUGAUGCCAGUACUUAACGUGAACACUUGAUUGCUUGCCUUGCCCGCCAAAGAUACCUGUUUCCACAUAGAAUAGGGUUGGAGUCAAUGUACAGCCUACAUAGAAACUGUGAAUGAAUUGCUUUAGCUUAUAAGUUUUCUAUGCAGUUAUAUUUUUCUAAGAGAGCUGAAUUAUUUUGCCAUCAUGAACCAAUACCUUCCUGUUGGCUUUAAGGACAAGCUGUGUAAAUACUUCAUUGCUAGCUUUUUCAUGGCAACUUUGCUGGCAAACUCUGAAUUCUGUCUUAAUUCUUUUUAGUCAUCAACACUCAUGAGAUGAACUAUUUUAUUUUCUUAAUGCAGAAAAGAAAACUGUAGCAAUGCCGGCAUCUAUGAAUUAUGCCAACCUUUACCCUUGGAGGGACUUGAUUCAUUAUCUUCUUUGAGAUCCAGUGUUUUCUUUUCCCUCGGUACUAGUAAGAGAACAUUUUUACACUGAAUCAAGAUAUGCAUUCACUUUGUAUUAUGAUAUAAAAAUGCCAUCUGUAAUUUUUUUUUUUAGUGCCAAGUAUUAUUUUAGGGAGGAAGUAUGAAAUUUGUGGCCGUGAAAAUUGUCUCUUGGGAUUAGACAGGGCCUGUGACCCAGGGCCUGGAAACCUGCAGUGUCUUUGCAUGUGGUAGAUUCGUGAAAGUGAUAAGAAGACAGGCCCUUUGUUCCUGAGGCCAUUUUCAUCACACUUCUGCAAAUAUGAUAAGAGCACAGUAGAUGAUUCCCAAGAGUGCCAGGGUCUUUGUCUUGUGAGUAAACAGUCAAGAUUGCUUUCCUCUUUGAAAGGGUUUAAAGAAACCCUUGCAUCUCCCAAGCCUGAGGAACUUCUAUCAUAUAAUCACUGUUUUGAAAUAGUUUAUACCUGAUUUGCUUUUAACUAUUACCUAUGGUAUAGAAAUACCAGUUGAAAGUAGUCUUGCCUACUCGUUCUAGAGAUGACUCAUUGAUUUAGCAAAGUAUUAAUGCAUUUGCUUUUCUAUUUUACAAUUAAAGCUAACUGGAAGUGGUAGCUUUGCAAUGAUUGUAAAGAUAUUCAUGCACUGAAUUCCAAGCCAAUCUGAACAACAACAAAAAUGCUGCAGAAAUGGCAUAUAGGUCACCAGAUUUCAUGCACAAGUAGGAAAAACACUAGUGUUUUCUUCUGCAUCUAAGGGAAAAAGCAUCUUUAUUCCAUUGAAGGAAAUUCUUUGACAUUGAAGCUGACCCUUUCUUUGACCUUGUAGACAUCAAUCCACUUAGUACAAGAGUUAACAAAAUAUUUGUCCUUUUCCUACAAUAUUUAUUUUGUACCUUCUGUUUUGCCAUUGUUUAAAAAUCCCAUUAAAACAGAAAUACAUCUAAAUUCAUUACCAAAAUUCAAAAGAAAAAAAAAGCUUCUGAAAAAUAAAAGGGUGUUUGUGUCCUUUGAUAUUUAUUAAGCAGAGGGAAUGACUGGCAAAGGACGAUCGAUACAAUCCAGUGUUCAUGUAGUAACAUUCGGCUCACUUGUUGAAUUUUAUUCUCCUAUGUAUAUUGCAUACAAAUAACAAAAUUCAAACCCUAACUAACUUCUCAUUGUUGGACCAUCAUCUUACAUUCAUAUGAAUAAACUGUGUGAGAGUAAUAACUACCUCUUGACUUAAUAAGUGUAAUAUGGUAUUUAAAAUCCUGUCACUACAGUAGGAUUCUAAAUAUUGCCAGUUAAAAAGUCAAACAUUAUUCGUUCCAAAGGGCUGGCAAUCACCAACUCCAGUGGUAUUUUGAGUACUUGGAUCCUACAUCUGUUUUGUAAUCCCAAGCAAUAAAAUGGAUUUUCUAAUUCA